GAUAAGCUCUUCUUAGGAGACGAGGAGUUCGGUCUCGAGGGCGCUCCACCUUGCUUCCCUAAACCCGCAUCCGUCCUUGCGGCUACUAGAUCCUCUCGGAAGAGGCAUUCGGAGUCGGAGUCUAACCCCAGGAUCCAGUUCUCUCUGGAGCACGCUUUCGAUGACUCCGAUUUCGUUCCUGCUGGCACCUUCUCCGCCUGCCUCAAGACUUGGAAUCACAAUGGCCAGAGAUGUCUUCCACGGGAGGGUUUGGACAAGCAUUUUGUCAUACACAGGGUAAUUUAGAGUUAACUUUACAUGUUGGUGCUGCAUCAUCCCCUCCCCCUCCUGGGGCUCCAAUCUUUACUGAAAAAGUUCUGGGUGGUGAGAAUAGGAAGGGUGAAGUUGUGCAGCCGCCAGAAAGAUCUUUCUGGGCCAAAUAUUGGAUGUAUUUGAUCCUUCUUGGACUCAUAGUCAUGAAUGCCAUAACCCAAGCAAUGAAUAUGCCCGAGGAACAGGCUACUGGUCAAUCAGCAUCACAAGCACAACCAGCUGUAGCAAUGCAGCGUGUAUCGAAUGCUGCAGUGCGUAGAAGAUGACAUUUAACUAUUUUGGGGACAAAUACUGGCUAAAAUUUAUAGUUAGAUUGGGGCUCGGGUUGAUCUUCAUAGGUUUCCAAUUGCAUGAAAAUGUUUAAUUU